AUGGCUUCCGUGCGCUUCCCUGGAGAAGAUUAUGCCGAGGCCACUAGUGAGAUUGGUGAGGUCCCCAGCAACAUCUCGAAACCGACUCAGCGACAGAGAUGGGCUACCACACGCCAGGCCGGCACCGGCGGCGUGCGGAAACGUGUCUCCAUCAUCGACCGUUUCCACAAGCGACAUGAGAUGAGAGAUGAGAAGCGCAAAUCCAAUAAUAGCGCUGUUUCCAAUGACAAUGUAUCCACCAACGGCGCCGAAAACCCCAAUGGAGAGAACCGAACGAUCUACUUCAACGUCCCGAUCCCUGAGUCCGAGCGCGACGAAGAGGGCCAUCUUAAUUUUGCCUAUCCCCGAAACAAGAUCCGGACUGCCAAGUAUACGGCGCUCACGUUCGUGCCUAAAAACGUCUUCCUGCAAUUCCACAACAUUGCGAACAUCUAUUUCUUGUUCGUUAUUAUUCUCAACUUCUUCUCUAUUUUCGGUGCCAACAAUCCCGGUCUGAACGCCGUUCCCCUAAUUGUUAUUAUUGUCGUGACCGCUAUUAAGGACGCCAUUGAGGAUUGGGGCCGAACGGUUUCUGAUAACCAAGUCAACAACUCUCCCGUAUAUCGCCUGGUUGAAUGGAAUAACGUGAAUUCGACCGAGGAUAAUAUCUCCACUUGGCGCCGAUUCAAAAAAGCCUGUACCCGAGGUAUCAUCAGAGCCUACAAGGCCUCCGCGGAUAUGUUCACCAAAAAAACCGAGGAGGUAGGCGAUGACGGUCAGCGACGAGAAUCAUUUUUGACCACAGCGGACCAACGGGCGUCUAUUUACUCCAACCGCGACUCCUUGGCCGCCGAUGUUGCCAUUCCGAUGACUGAGGUUCAGUCACCCCAACCCGAGGCUCGCGAAAACUGGGGUAACCCGGAAAAUAAAUUCCUUUCGCCCAACAGCGCGGCCAGGGAAAGCAUGGCAGCACCCGUGUCUGACAAGAAAACCGGAAGUGUGUUGGAUCACUCGAAGCAAACACCUGGCGUUGCUCGGUUCAAGCGAGACUACUGGAAGAACCUUCAGGUUGGUGAUUUUGUUCGUUUGUACAACGAAGACCCCAUCCCCGCCGACAUUGUGAUUCUGUCCACCUCGGAUCCAGACGGAGCCUGCUAUGUUGAAACCAUGGGCCUGGAUGGCGAGACGAACUUGAAGGUUCGCCAAGCACUUCAUUGUGGUCGCCAGGUUCGACAUGCCCGCGACUGUGAAAAGGCCGAGUUCACCAUUGAGAGUGAGGCGCCUCACCCUAAUCUCUACUCUUACAAUGGUGCCAUUCGGUGGGAUCAACGGGACCCGAAUUUUCCAGAGGCCCCUCGCAAGGAAAUGGUUGAACCAAUCACCAUCAACAACAUGCUGCUCCGAGGUUGUUCUCUGCGCAGUACUGAAUGGAUUCUUGGCGUGGUCGUUUUCACCGGUGGAGAGAGCAAGAUCAUGCUCAACUCGGGUGCGACUCCCGCUAAGCGUGCUCGCCUGGCGAAGGAUCUCAACUGGAACGUUAUCUACAACUUCGUUAUUCUAUUUUUGAUGUGUCUCGUUGCGGGUAUUGUCAACGGUCUUGCGUGGGGUUCCAAUGACGAAUCUUUGGACUACUUCGAUUACGGCUCGUAUGGAGGCACCCCUCCAGUGACCGGUAUCGUCACCUUCUGGACAGCCGUGAUUCUGUUCCAGAACUUGGUUCCCAUCUCGCUCUACAUCUCUCUUGAAAUCGUUCGAACCAUUCAGGCUGUCUUCAUCCACAGUGAUAUCUUCAUGUACUACGAGAAACUAGGGCUCUACUGUGUACCCAAGUCAUGGAACAUCUCCGACGAUGUGGGGCAGGUAGAGUACAUUUUCUCUGACAAGACCGGUACAUUGACACAAAACGUUAUGGAAUUCAAGAAGAGCACAAUCAAUGGUGUGUCCUACGGCGAAGCGUACACUGAGGCCCAGAUAGGUAUGAGGCGACGCGAAGGAGCCAACGCCGAUGAGGAGGCUGCUCAGGCUCGUGAGCAGAUCGCGGCCGAUGGAAAGAGAAUGCUUGAAGGGUUGCGCCGAAUUCAUGAUAACCCGUACCUGCGUGACGAAAACCUGACUUUCAUCGCACCAAAUUUUGUUGAAGAUAUCGACGGCCAAUCUGGAGAAGAACAGAAAGCCGCUGUCGAGCAUUUCAUGCUGGCCCUGGCCGUGUGCCACACUGUCAUCACUGAGCACACCCCGGGUGAUCCCCCUCAGAUUGAAUUUAAGGCCCAGUCGCCUGAUGAGGCUGCGCUAGUUAGCACUGCUCGGGACUGCGGCUUCACUGUUCUUGGUCGUUCCGGCGAUGAUCUGCUUCUGAACGUCAUGGGUGAGGAGCGUACCUACACUGUUUUGAAUACCCUUGAGUUCAAUUCCUCACGUAAGCGAAUGAGUGCAAUUAUUCGCAUGCCCGACGGUACUAUUCGCCUUUUCUGCAAGGGUGCUGAUAGCAUCAUUUAUUCUCGACUGGCGCGUGGCAAGCAGCAGGACCUUCGACGCAAGACUGCCGAGCACCUGGAGGAAUACGCUAAGGAAGGUUUGCGAACUCUGUGCGUCGCUGACAGACUUUUGAGUGAAGACGAAUACCAGGCAUGGAACCUGGAACACGACGUUGCAGCUGCUGCUAUUGUCGACCGCGAGGAAAAACUGGAGAAGGUUUCCAGCGAGAUUGAGCAGGAGCUCAUGCUUAUUGGUGGAACUGCUAUCGAGGAUCGACUGCAAGACGGUGUACCGGACACCAUUCAACUUCUUGCUGACGCCGGUAUCAAGUUGUGGGUUUUGACUGGUGACAAGGUGGAAACUGCUAUUAACAUCGGUUUUUCGUGCAAUCUCCUCAACAAUAACAUGGAAUUGAUUGUUCUCAACAUCGGCGAGAAUCAGAUUGAGCAAGCGAACGCUGAGCUUACCAAACACCUUGCAACCUUUGGCCUGACCGGUUCCGACGAGGAGCUAAUUGCGGCCCGCGCAGACCACACCCCACCUGAACCCACUCAUGCUGUCAUUGUCGAUGGUGAAACACUCAAGUUGAUGCUAGACGACGAACUGAAACAGAAAUUCCUCCUCUUGUGCAAGCAGUGCAAGGCUGUUCUCUGUUGCCGUGUCAGUCCCGCUCAGAAAGCCGCUGUUGUCAACAUGGUCCGCCACGGCCUUGAUAUCAUGGCUCUUUCCAUUGGUGACGGUGCCAACGACGUUGCUAUGAUCCAGGAAGCCGACGUAGGUGUCGGUAUUGCUGGUGAAGAAGGUCGACAGGCUGUCAUGUCCUCUGAUUAUGCCAUUGGACAAUUCCGAUUCCUUCAGCGUCUGCUUCUCGUUCACGGAAGAUGGUCUUACCGCCGCCUGGGAGAGUGUACCGCCAACUUCUUCUACAAGAACCUGGUGUGGACCUUCGCGCUCUUCUGGUACUGCAUCUACAACCAGUUUGACUGUUCCUAUCUCUUCGAUUACACCUAUAUCGUUCUGGUCAACUUGGCCUUCACCUCUCUUCCAGUUAUCUUCAUGGGUAUCUUCGAUCAAGAUGUCGAUGAUAGAGUGUCUCUUGCCGUGCCCCAGCUUUACAUGCGGGGUAUUGAGCGCAAGGAAUGGUCUCAGCUUAAGUUUUGGUUGUAUAUGGCCGAUGGAUUGUAUCAGUCGGUGAUCUGCUUUUUCAUGCCCUACAUGCUCUACCAGGUCGCAAACUUUGCCAACGAAACCGGUCGCGACAUUGCGGAUCGAUCGCGCAUGGGCAUCUUAGUGGCUACCUGUGCCGUUCUCGCUAGCAACAUCUACAUCAUGAUGAACACCUACCGAUGGGACUGGUUUACCUGUUUAAUCAACGGUAUCAGCUGCCUGUUGAUCUUCUUCUGGACCGGUAUCUAUACAUCAUUCACUGCCUCUGGCCAGUUCUACAAGGGCGCCUCCGAGGUUUACGGUGCAUUCAGUUUCUGGGUUAUACUACUCGUGACGCUUAUGAUCGCCCUGCUUCCCCGCUUCGCUUAUAACGCUUUCCAGAAGGUGUUUUUCCCUCUGGAUGUGGAUAUCAUCCGCGAGCAGGUCACACUGGGAAAAUUCAAGUAUUUGGAGAAUGUUGACGAUUUCAUGCCAAUGAAACCUGAUGUCCUUGCCAAUAGCGAUGGAUCGGCGGCUUCCUCUGAACUGGCCAAGCCCAUCCAGCCUACGAUGAAGCAGGAUCCGGAAAUCCCAGACGAUGACCGGAAUUUCUACCCACCGACGGUGUCAGUUACCCACGCUACCCAUGUGAACGGUCAUAUUCCUCGCAGUCAAAACGGGAGCAAUGGCACUAACUACACCGCAAGCCUAGACCAGAAUCCUCGACCUCAGUCGGUGGACUACGUCCGACGAUCCCGUGAGCGGACUCGGCAUUCCUUCGAGCGAGUUCGACAAAGCUUCGAGGCUAGCAACGACUUUACAUCCGCCGCCAUGCUGCACCGAAUGGAGUCUAGCCAUACCGAGGCCGCUCAAGAUCCCUUCAAAACCCCCGAAGAGCUUCCUGCACAUAAUAACAUGUUUUGA